AUGACGAGCUCGAACUAUCUGUGGUCUUUGACUGGAAUAUGUCUGCUGGUUCUGGCUGUGAUAGAGUCACAUGACAUUAAGGCAUGUUGGAUAACACCUUCUGAGUCAUACCGGAAGUACAAGUGUGUAAAGAGCAACAUCACUAUCUUACCAUUCAAUGUGUGUGCAAUAACAUGUUGCUUACAGCACAGAUGUAUCGGAUUAUACCAUAAGGACACAAGUGAUGAAUGUUACUUGAUUAACGCUAUUGAAAAAGAGGAAAAUUGUGCCGACUUGGAUUGGAAUAGCUGGAAAGCAUAUAUGAAAACUAAAGACCUCGGCGGUUGCAGCCAAUAUUUAUUGGUGAACAAGAAAGGUCCGGCUCGGCUGAACUUUGUUCCGAGUGAUAACGACGGUAUUGGUGGUAUUAACGUGACGGGCUCAUAUGCAUUUAUUGGUGUACCAAAAUUGUCCAGAGUUCGGGGAUUUGCCAUUCAAGGAAGGUGGCGAAAUGAAACGUUUGACUCUUGCUGUGAUGAAAGGGUGACGUAUUUCUAUAUAUUUUGUAGUACUAACUACAAAAAUUGGUUCUGGGCGGACAAAAAAGCACGAUUUGAAGGUAAUGUGAUUCCGGACGCCGGAAAUGAGAUAGUAAUCAAUGUGUUCCAGAACGCCUGUGGAAGCGCAGAUACUUAGCGUUGUAUCCCGC